AUGCCGGAGGGCCGGGUUCCCACGGAGCGUGGUACACAUGCUGACGAAAGUGAAUGGUCGUUGGUCGGUAGCAAUGAACACAUGAAACAUACGUGUACUUACCUCACCGCCGCGCUCAAUGAUGCGGACCCGUCGGAAAAUAUUGGAACACUCCAAACAAACAAAGCUUCUGAGACAAUCGAGGAUGCUCGUGCACGAGAGUCCCGGGCUUUGAGAAACGUGCUUAUUUGCGUAGUGCACAUGUUAAUGCGGGCAUCGUCCUAUAGAUACUAUUUGGACUCACCAAAGGUCGUCUAUCGAC